CCAUCUUCAAAUAUGGCGACACCCUAGAAAGCUUCGUUUCCCUCUACCACCUUUCUUCUGAUCAGGUGGUUCGGAAGGCGGAGUCACGUGAGCCACAAAAAGAUAAAAGUAAGCUGCAAGCGGCAAGCUGUCAUUUCUAGUUUUAGACAUUUGAGAGAUGUUUCCUUGCAAGAUUUGGGCUAACUGCCUACAGGCGGAGGGGUGGUUGCUGCUGUGGCUGCUUGUUCUUCUGCCACCGAGUGCCAAUGGGUCGUUCUUACGUAGAUAUUUUGCCCUUCCUGCUAGCCGUUUUAACCUUACUCCUGGCCGGUCUGGCCAGCCUAUCGAGCCCGCUCCAACUCGCCCCCACAAAACCGCUUCGUAUAUCUUGGACGAUGCUCCCGAGCUCGGUCGGUUGUUCGAUGGGAUUGGCGGGAUGAGCGGCGGCGGGGCAGCCUCCCGACUUCUAGUAAAUUACCCAGAGCCUCAUCGUUCUGAAAUAUUGGAUUAUUUAUUUAAGCCAAACUUUGGUGCUUCUUUGCAUAUUCUGAAAGUGGGAAUAGGUGGUGAUGGACAAACAACAGAUGGCACUGAGCCCUCCCAUAUGCACUAUAAAGGCGAUGAGAACUAUUUCCGGGGCUAUGAAUGGUGGUUGAUGAAGGAAGCUAAGAAGAGGAAUCCCAAUAUUAAACUUAUUGGAUUGCCUUGGUCAUUUCCUGGUUGGCUAGGUUCAGGUAGAAGUGAUCCCUAUGCCAAUAUGACAAUGACUGCUUUAUAUGUUGUGUCUUGGAUAUUGGGUGCUAAAAAACAUCAUAAUUUGGACAUUGAUUAUAUUGGGAUUUGGAAUGAGAAAGAGCCUUACAAAACCUACAUAAAGAUCUUAAGAGAAAAGCUUAAUGAAAAAGACCUGAACGGAGUGAAAAUUAUAGCCAAUGAUGACCACUGGGACCCCAUUUCCAAUUACUUGGGAUUGGAUCCUAGAAUCCAGAAUGCCAUUGAUGUUAUUGGGGUUCAUUAUCCUGGAACCCAUACUCUACAGGAUGCUUUGAAGACCAACAAAGCAAUCUGGUCUACUGAAGAUUGCAGCAUUUUUAAUCAUGAAGACGGUGGAGGCUUCUGGGCUCGCAUCUUGAAUCAGAAUUAUGUGAAUGGCCAAAUGACUUCCACAAUUGCUUGGAACUUAGUGUCUAGCUAUUAUCCACAACUACUCUUUGAGAGAGAUGGGCUGCUGACUGCUAAAGAGCCUUGGAGUGGGCAUUAUGCUGUAGAGGCUCCUAUUUGGAUUACAGCUCAUACCACUCAAUUUGCUCAACCAGGGUGGCGGUACCUGAAAACAGUUGGCCAUUUAUUUAAUGGUGGAAGUUGUGUAGCUCUUACAGAUGGCUUAGGUAACCUCACUGUUAUCAUUGAAACCAUGAGUCAUCAGUAUUCACAAUGCCAUAAGACAAAUGUUUCUUUUUAUCAAGUGUCUGAACAAGUGAUCACUUUCUUUCUUCAGGGAACAUUUAAAGAAUUAACAAUGCUACAGGUAUGGUAUUCAAAACUUGGAAAAAAACCUUGGAAUGAAAUAUUUCAACAGCUACCUCCUCUAAAGAUUAAUGGAGCAUUCUCAUUAAGAUUGGAUUUGGAUGAAGUGUAUACUUUAACAACCAUCACUACAGGUCAAAAGGGCAGUCAUCCUACUCCUCCAGAAUCACGGCCAUUUCCAUCUAACUUUGAAGAUAAUUUCAAUGUUGGCAAUUCACCUUUUAGUGCAGCUCCACAUUUUGCAGAUCAAACAGGUGUAUUCGAAUACUUUACCAAUGACCAGAACAUGGCAGGCCAUGGCUUCACCUUACGCCAAGUGCUCAAUCAGCGACCUAUCAGUUGGGGUGAGGAUGCAGAUCAGACCAUCAGCAUUAUAGGAGAUCAUAACUGGAGGGAUAUAAAAAUAACUUGUGAUGUCUACAUGGAGGCAACAAUGACGGGUGGCAUAUUCAUUGCUGGAAGAGUAAAUAAGCCUGGGUCAUUCAUUCAAAGUGCUCAAGGAGUUUUCUUUUGGAUUUUUGCAAAUGGGUCAUAUGCAGUUACAAGUGAUCUUGAGACAAAGAUGGUAAUGAAGACAGGAAGUAGUGGUGCCAAGUUGGAAAAUUGGUACACCCUCAUUCUGAAUAUUAGAGACUCCUCUGCUUAUGGCAUGCUAAAUAAUAGGGUUCUCUGGAAAGCUCAGCUGAAGCACUUACCCAGGAAUGGUUGGGCAGCAAUUGGAACACAUAGCUUCGAGUUUGGACAGUUUGAUAACUUUCACAUCCAGGCUUAAAAGUUAGAAUUCUUGAAACUCUCAAAUAAUGAUUCCUCCCUUCACAUAUAUUUUGAGUUUAGAUUUAGAGACAAUUCCCUUGGGAUUUUUGAGACAGGAAAACAUUGAAGAAAUUUCUAUUUUCACACUUGACAAUACUGCAAAAAUUGUUUAAUUUAAUAUAUUCUAAUUUUUAAAUUUCAUUUCAAAAUUCCCCUUUAAUUUCAGAUAUUGCUUAUGUUUCUUAGUACUUUUGUCCUUCAGAUCUCAUAAAGAUUUCAUUCUAAUAUUGAGGGAAUUAGUUCUUUUAUCUGGUUUGAAAUUAGUUAUGUUGUAAUAACUAGUAAAAAGAACUUUAAAGAUUUAUUUACCAUUAUUUAACAUACUCACGUGCAUCACAUCUCAUGGUAAAAAAAAUAACAUCUUAAUCAGAGUCUUUUGUUUCUUGAAGGUAGUUUUAUGCAAUGCCUAAGAGAGCCUCAAAGGGUAGUGCUUUAUGAAUUACUGUAAUAUUUUCAUCCUUUCAUUGUAUAUGAACAUUUAAAAAAUGGUAAUGGAAGCAAAGGUGGAACCAUAUCUAAAAUUCCUUAUUAAUUAACUACCUCCUAAACUUUCUUGAGUCAAUAAUAAAUGAAUGGAUAAUUUGA